CCACCAUCACCACCACCACAACCACCACCACCACCAUCACCACCACCACAACCACCACCACCACCAGCACAAAGCGAUGGAUCUCCCGGCGUGCUCCCAGCUCCUGCCCCUCCCCGCCCCCUCCUCCCCACCGCCACCGCCCCGCGAGGCUUCGGCUUCGGCUUCGCCGUCGAAGCGCCACCGCUGCCGGGACUGCCCCUACGGCACGGACCACCGGGGCGACCUCGAGAAGCACCGGCGCACUCACACCGGCGAGCGGCCCUACGCCUGCGCCGACUGCGGCCGGGCCUUCGCCGUCUCGGGCUCGCUGCGCAAGCACCGGCGCACGCACACCGGCGAGCGCCCCUUCGAGUGCGCCGACUGCCGCCGGGCCUUCUCCGUGCCGGGCUCGCUGCGCAAGCACCGGCGCACGCACACCGGCGAGCGGCCCUACCCCUGCGCCGACUGCGGCCGGCGCUUCGCCGACCGCGGCAACCUGCGCAAGCACCGGCGCACGCACGCCGGCGAGCGGCCGCACGCCUGCGCCGACUGCGGCCGGCGCUUCGCCGACCGCGGCAACCUGCGCAAGCACCGGCGCACGCACACCGGCGAGCGGCCGUACGCCUGCGCCGACUGCCCGCGGGAGUUUGCCGAGUCGGGGCAGCUGGGGAGGCACCGGCGUGCGCUUCACCGGAUCGGCGGAGGAGGCGGCGGAGGAGGAGGAGGAGGAGGAGGAGGAGGCGGAGCGUCGCCUCCGGCGUCGGCGAGGGCGGUGCGCUGCUCCGUCUGCUCCGCUCGGUUUGCCGGCCUCGGGGAGCUGCGGCGGCACCAGGAGUCGCACGCCGGGCAGAAGCCGUUUGUGUGCACCGUGUGCCAGGGGACGUUCACCAGGUCCACCCACCUCCGCCGGCACCAGAAGGGGCACACCGGGGAGACGAGCGCCGCCCCGAAGGCCGGGAAGGCCCCCCCGAAGGGCAAGGCCAAGGGGGGGAGGGCCGCUGCCAAAUCUACGGCGGCGAAAAGGGCCAAGCGGAUCGCCGCGGACGCGGACGACGCCGACGCCGACGCCGGCACAGCCGCCCAGACGGGAUUCGGGAAAGGGCGUCGGAAGAGCCGGCGGGCCAACAGCGGCAGAGCCGAGAGCGCAGCGGUGAGCGGUGGCGGCCACCGUGGCGGUGGUGGCGGUGGUGGUGGCGGUGGUGGCGGUGGUGGUGGUGGUGGUGGUGGUGGCGCUCCUCCGUCUCUGGUGAAGCAGGAGCUGCAGGCCCUGGACUCGGCUUCGCACUUCUGGCCUGCGGAGCGCCGCGGUGCCGAGGGGGACGACCCCUUCAGCCUGGCCAACGUCAAGCGGGAGUAUCAAUAACGCUGGCGGGCACAGCCAGGCAGGCAGACAGCCGGCCGGCCGGCCAGCCGGUAAAGCAGCCUGGCCAAUAGCACACGAUAGCAGCUCAACCAGUUGGCCGAUGUCGUCAUCGUCGUCGUCGUCACCAUCAUCAUCGUCACCAUCAUCAUCAUCGUCGUCAUCAUGGUCACCAUCAUCAUCGUCACCAUCAUCAUCAUCGUCGUCAUCGUCAUGAUCGUCGUGUGAGAAUUCAUAACGGCGAUUCUUAAACGUGGGAAGGCGACAACAAGGCACAAGACGACCCAGAGACCACCGCCAGAGACAGCCAGAGACAGACUCCACGGAGACAGAGAGACAGAGACAGACUCCACGGAGACAGAGAGACAGAGACAGACUCCACGGAGACAGAGAGACAGACUCCAC